CUGCUUUUAUUGUUUAACAUCUUUUCUCCGACGACUAGAAGCAAGCAACAAUGGUGGAAGCCGCCGGAAAAGAUGGCGAUCGUGAAAGCUCCGAGGAGCAGUUUCUCUUGUCGGAUUCCAACAAUGGCGAUCUUUCAUGGAGACUUAACUUUGAUGGCUUCCAGUUCUCUGAACACAAACAGAAGCCUCCGCGCCGUCUCCAUGACUGUCUCGGAGUUUUAGGACCGGAAGAUAAUGUUGCUGAGUAUUAUCAGCAGCAAGUAGAAAUGCUCGAGGGCUUUAACGAGAUGGAUGCUUUAGCAGAGCGAGGUUUCGUUCCAGGAAUGUCGAAGGAAGAGAAGGAAAAAUUGGCUAGAAGUGAGGCACUGGCUAUUCAAAUAUCUAAUGUUGCAAACAUGAUUCUUUUUGCUGCUAAAGUUUAUGCAUCCAUCCGGAGUGGUUCUUUAGCCAUAGUUGCGUCGACUUUGGACUCACUUCUAGAUCUUUUAUCAGGAUUUAUCCUUUGGUUUACUGCCUUUUCCAUGCAAACGCCGAAUCCUUAUCAAUAUCCCAUUGGGAAGAAGCGUAUGCAGCCAUUGGGUAUUCUUGUGUUUGCUUCUGUCAUGGCAACUCUAGGAUUACAGAUCAUAUUGGAAUCAUUGAGGACGCUUGUGUCUAAUGAUAGCAACUUCAAAUUGACAAAGGAGCAAGAACAAUGGGUUGUUGGUAUAAUGCUCUCGGUGACUUUGGUUAAACUGGUUCUUGUUAUUUACUGUCGUAGUUUUAAAGAUGAGAUUGUGAAAGCAUAUGCACAGGAUCACUUUUUUGAUGUAAUCACAAACACAAUUGGCCUUGUUGCUGUCCUACUUGCCAACUACAUUAGUGGUUGGAUGGACCCAGUUGGGGCUAUCAUUCUGGCCUUAUACACUAUCAGGACAUGGUCACUAACUGUACUGGAGAAUGUGAAUUCACUGGUGGGAAAAUCAGCUGCACCAGAAUUCCUUCAGAAACUAACAUAUCUAUGCUGGAACCACCAUAAGGCGAUAAGGCACAUAGACACGGUUCGAGCCUACACAUUUGGGUCUCACUACUUUGUGGAAGUAGACAUUGUCUUGCCAGGAGACAUGCCCUUGCAAGAAGCCCAUGAUAUUGGGGAGACAUUGCAGGAGAAGCUAGAACACCUCCCUGAAAUUGAGCGUGCAUUCGUUCAUCUCGAUUAUGAAUAUUCUCAUAAACCCGAGCACGCUCAAGCCCAUUUAUAGUGUAAAUGUUUUUUUUUUCUUUUAUUGUUGAAACACAAGGAAACUCACUUAUGAGCAAAUACCAAUAAUUUCUCAAACU